AUGGAUGCAGGGUUGUACAGGUGCAGGAAGAGCUGUAGACUAAGGUGGUUGAACUAUUUGAAGCCAAAUAUCAAGAGAGGAGAGUUUACAGAGGAUGAAGUAGAUCUACUAAUUAGGCUUCACAAGCUUUUAGGAAACAGGUGGUCAUUGAUUGCUGGAAGACUUCCAGGAAGGACAUCGAACGGUGUGAAAAAUUAUUGGAACACCCGACUGCGGACGAAUUCUCUCGUGAAAAGGACUACGAAAGAAAAAUUCCAAGAAACAAUAAAGCCCAUCGUAAUAAGGCCUCAACCGCGAAGUUUCACCAAAAGUUCAAAUUGUUUGAGUUUUAAAGAACCAAUUUUGGACCAUACUCAACUAGAAAAGAAUUUUAGUACGCCAUCACAAACAUCAACAUCAACAUCAACAAGGAUUGGAAGUGAUUGGUGGGAGACCUUUUUAGAUGACAAGGAUGAUGCUACUGAAAGAGCUACAGGUUCUGGUCUCGGGUUAGAUGAAGAACUGCUCGCAAAUUUUUGGGUCGAUGAUGAUAUGCCACAAUCGGCAAGAACAUGCAUCAAUUUUUCUGAAGAAGAACUGAGUAUAGAACCAGCCAAAAGUACUCAAAUUCCCCCGGCUGCAGCCCUUUCCUACCAAUUCUCUGCCAACUGGUCGAUCUGCGCCCUUCCCAAGUGAUUUCGCUUUUAACUUGGACCUUUGGAAUCAUUCAAAAGAAGAAUAAAGUAGUU